GUGGUUGCAGAGCAAUCCCAGCAUCACUCUUUUAUGUCAAGAGUCGAUCACUCGCUGCUGCUCAGUUGUAUUGAUGGUAAGCAUCCCUCCAUUCCCUCGCAUCCACCGCCCCGCUUGCAUGAUUAUACAAAUACUAUAAUCUGUCAAUCCCCUGAAGCUCAAAUAAUCUCAAAAAACGAGCACAUGUGACUGAGAAAUGUAACGAAAAUGAUUUGCCAUCUUGAAUAUCAUUCAUGUCAUCCCACCUCUUUUGCAGGCCGAACGCUAACGUUCCCUCAGUUGCAGCAGCUCUCUCUUCCUCUCUCUUCGUCAUUCAUAACUUGACUUUCCUUCCUUCCCCUUAACGUUGUUCUAAAAUGGACGACCCCUCCCUUCCCAUUCCGAUCUCGUAUAUCGCGGGUAGCUACUUUCUCUUCUCCAUUGAAGCGGUCACGUAUCUGAGACGCGAGCAUCACAUAUGCGGCGUGUUAAGCGGCACAUUGCCCCAAAUCCCUCAGCAGAAUGUCUUCCUGGGACUGCCACUGAAGCUGAUGCCCGAGGAGGCCCGGCUGCUCGUGGACAAAGGUGUAGCGUGCAUUGUAGACGAGGUAAAAGUCCAGAAGGACGGAAUGCGAGCCCUCAUGGAGGACGACCGGCGGAAGUAUCUGCGUGAGCUAGAGUCCCAGGGCGAGCACGCCAUGCGCGUGCAGACCAGCCGGAAGGACGAGCAGCGCGAGAAGGCCUUGAAGAAACUAGAAGAAAAGAAGGCCAGGAAGGCUGCCAAAGCGGCUGAACAGCAGCAGCAGUCGCAGCAGUCGCAGCCUGUUGUCGCGGAUAAUCCCAGCAAAGAACAAGAAAAAGAAGACGACCCGAUCGUCGAUCUCUUCGCGGACCAUGCUCCAACCCAACACCCACGUACCCAAACCACCACCACCACCACAACAGCCCCAUACGGCACAUCCAUGGGCGUCACCCCCGCCACCUCCCACCCACCUCUCCCAUACACCCCAUCCGCAUCGGAACAUCUCCCCCGUCCCGCCGUGCCAUCCUCCUACCCGCUCUUCGCCCACCUCCACGCCGACGGCUACUACCUCUCUCCCGGGCUGCGCUUCGGGUGCCAGUAUCUCGCCUACCCGGGGGAUCCCCUGCGCUUCCAUUCGCAUUUCCUGGGCGUCUCUGCGGAGUGGGACGAGGAGCUGGAUCUGAUGGAUAUAAUUGCUGGGGGGAGACUGGGGACGGGUGUUAAGAAGGGGUUUCUGGUUGGGGGGCGAGGGUGGAUGAGGGGGUGGAUGAGGAUAGUGUGA